AUGAAGAAAUUUUUCUUUUUCCUCCUCUGUAUCUUUUCCACGGUGAUUCUUGUUCUUGGUGUAGCCGAAGAAAACGACGGCGUUCUCGGUAAGAUAAAAGCGGGUUUAGAGUACGCCACGAAUUAUCUAGAAGCUGCAAAGGAUAUCGCUGAUCUGGUAGCGAAGAGUUUAGGUCACAAACAGAAAGACAGACGCGGAGAAAAUUUCGAGAAGAAGGAGAAAGGAAGUUUCGGUCCUUCCAACGUAAUGUCCGCAUUUUUCCGACUUAUCGGAUUAGACUCGCAGAAAGUCACAGCCAUUGCUGUGAACAGUGUGAUAUUUCUCGCUCAAAUGAUUAGUUCGUUGUUCGAAUUGAAACCACCGAAGGAAAAUAUCGCCAGAAAUUUGGACGACGAGAUUGACUCUUCGUCGUGGGAUCCAGCUAAGCUCAUCAUGGAGAGCAAAAAUGAAAAAGUGAGUCAUUCUGAAUCGGAGAAAAAAAAAAGAACGUAG